UUAAUAAUGGUGUACAAACCACACAAAAAAUAAUCAACUAGGCUGAAGCUGCUCAGUGCGGCGACAUAAGCAAAGGUGACUUUGCCAUUUUCCCUUCCAUUAUCUCAUUGAAUGCGAGCAAAAUUCUUCUCAUCUUCACUAUACUGUAGAAUUUAGAAUGACUGGAGUUCAUAAUAUUUGGUUUAAACACUUAGAAAGUCUCACUCUUGUAGAAAAUUCAGAUACAAUUUUGUUUUCCGGUGGAUUAUUUAUUGAACCAUUGAUUCCUUCUUCAAUUACAAAUAAUUUUCUAAAAAUAUCAUCAAUUGAUGAUUCCAGUGAGUUACAUUCUCCCUUUUCUCGUCGUAGUGGACCAAUUUUCCGGCGAGAAAAAAAGAGUGGUCGUGCCGGUUUUGGGGGUAAUUUCUUGUGUUUGAGUUUGUCAGUUAAGAAGAAUACUGAGGUUGUUGGGAAUUCCAGUGAAUGUUUGUUGAGUAAUGGAGACGAGAGUUCAAAGGUGGAAGAGUCUAGUGACGGCAAUGGGGAUGUGAAGAAGCGAAAUAUUGGGUUACGGGGACGUGGUGCAAUGAACACCAGCAAACAUUUGUGGGCUGGAGCAGUUGCUGCAAUGGUGUCAAGUCGACUGUCUCUCUUGGUCUUGGUUGACUGUGAAAGCUUCCAGACCUUCUCAGUUGAUCCUAUCUACAACACUGCCAUAUCUUUACUUGCAUUUGAAAGAUGGAAUUCUAAGAAACAAGGAAUGGGCCAUGAAGUUUCAAAUAUAUAUAAUAGCAAAAAAGCUGUAAAUAUGGAUAAAUUUGAGGGAAAAAGGGGUUGA